GAUAAGACAAUAACAGAGUCAGUCAGGGCUGAAGUUCCCCAGUAGCCAUUGUCUCGCACGCAAAAUGGGAGGCAGAGCUCUGAUUUUGGUGAAAGGACUUCCAUUGCCAAAGCACCAUAUAUUCACCGACUUUAGCUGCAAUUCAAGCUCCGCAAAACUUCUUCGUCUUCGUCGUAACAACAACAGCUGGGGUCGACGAAAUUUCUCAACAUGGGCAACAAAUGGUUCUUCUCUUGAACCUCCGGAUGUGCCUCGUUUGGCUGAGACAGCUCGAAUUUCCCUCGCCCCUCAUGAGGUAGAAGAAUUCGCUCCUAAAAUUCGACAAGUGAUAGAUUGGUUCGGACAGCUUCAAGCUGUUGAUCUUCAAAGCGUUGAACCGGCAAUUAGAGCAGAUACCCAAGGUGACAACUUUCGUGAUGAUGUUCCAGAAACAUUUGAGAAUAGAGAGGCUAUUAUUGCUGCAGUUCCAAACUAUGAAGAGCCAUAUGUUAAAGUUCCUAAAAUCCUGAACAAGGAAUAACGCUUUUUUGGUAAUUGAUAUAUUCUCUCUAAAUCGGUUGGUCUGGGAUUCGUUAAUUUUAAGAAUCUUCCCUCGUUCAAUCUUUUGUUUGACAUUUAAACUUUUGUGAUAAAUUCAUAUACAUGAGCUUGGGCUUCCUGAUGCCUCGCAAGAGAGUGUAGAUUGACGAUGAAAUUGUGUUCCUGAUGUCCCUCACAAGUUUCAUUGCUUUCUUAAUGACAUUGUUACAUAUUACAGCACCUUUGCCUUUCUGUUGCUUAACAGCGCAAAAACUGUAUUGUUCUUUAAUUAUAUUUUGACAAUGGAAAUGUUAAGAAGUGCAAUGUCUUUGUUGAA